AUGCAAAGUAAAGGAUGGAGAAAUCACAGCUCUGUGACAGAAUUUAUUCUCCUGGGCUUCUCCAGAAACCCCAGGACCAACUGGAUUCUUUUCUUCAUCUUCCUCUUCCUCUACUUAUUUACAGUCUUGGGAAAUGGGCUGAUUGUUACUCUUAUCAGAGCAGAUGCACACCUUCACACUCCCAUGUAUUUCUUUCUCAGCAUCCUCUCUCUACUAGAUCUCAGCUAUGCCACCACCACAGUGCCCCAGAUGUUGGUUCAUCUAGUAAGCAAGAGUAAGAUCAUCUCCUAUGUUGGGUGUGUGGUCCAGAUGUACAUUUUCCUGACCCUGGGCAUCACCGAGACCUGGAUUUUUGCAGCAAUGGCCUAUGACAGAUAUGUUGCCAUAUGCUGUCCACUCCACUAUGGGGUCCAGAUGAGCCAAACCCUGUGCAUACUCCUGGCAGUCAGCUCUGCCCUCUGUGGUCUCAUAUGUGCACUUGUCUACACUGUCUUUGCAAUGACUCUGCCCUACUGUGGCCCCAAUGAGAUCAACCACUUCUUUUGUGAAAUCCCUGCUGUCUUAAAGUUGGCCUGUGCAGACACAUCCUUAAAUGAUGAAGUGGACUUUAUCUUGGGUUUCUUCUUGCUCCUGAUCCCAUUAUCCCUCAUCCUGGCCUCAUAUGUUCACAUCUUCAUGGCUAUUCUGAGGAUUCGCUCCAAUCAGGGCCGGAUUAAAGCCUUCUCUACCUGUGCCUCACACAUCACUGUGGUCGCCAUGUUCUGUAUUCCAUGCAUGAUCAUGUAUAUGAGGCCUGGCUCUGAGACCUCCCCAGAGGAUGACAAAAAAUUGGCCCUGUUCUACAACGUCAUCUCUGCCUUUCUCAACCCCAUAAUCUACAGCCUCAGGAACAAGGAUGUGAAAAGGGCUUUCCUCAAGUUAAUCAGAAUGAGUGAAGACACUCAGUAG